AUGCACGCGCGUCCUCCGGUGUGUGUUGUAGGUUCCACCCCGCAAGGUACAAAGUCGGGGAAGGCUAUCGUGCCAACAGGCACCAAGGUGCCCGGCGCGAAGCGCUCCAACUCGCGAGAAAAUACGACGGUGGUCGCUAGCAUCGGCGCCGACGGCCACACCUACAACCCCAUCACCAUCUACAAAGGCCAGCGUAUGCAACCCGCUUGGAUCCAGGACAAGAAUGGCGUCCCCGAUGCGAAGUACACCGUCACGGAGUCAUCCUUCAUCCAGAGCCACGUGGCAAAGGUGCCCUUGCUCGACGGCCACGCCUCGCACACGACCUUCGACGCCAUCAGCUUGGCCAUCCUUCUGGACAUCGACCUCUUCCAGCUCCCGUCCCACACAUCGCACAUCACCCAGCCCUCCGACGUUGGUACGUUCGGAACCUUCAAGAAGGAGCUCACCAGGGUGCUCACGGCCUACCCACUGAAAAUCGAGGGGAGGGGUCCGGUGAAGCGCGACAUGGCUGUCGUGAUUGCGGAGGCAUGGAGAGGGAGCUUCACGCCUGCGAACAACAUGGUGGCGUUCAAAGGGGCGGGCUUGUGGCAGGUGAACAUGGAGAAGGCCAUCAACCGACUACACAGCAAGAGGAAGCAACGGGAGAAUGACAGUCCUAUCCCUGAAGACCUCGCCGUCGUUGCCUCUACGAAGCAGCUAGAAGAAGAUCUCGGCCACACUGCCUUCCUGGAGCUGAAACGACAGGGAGUGAUGAUCGAGGGGCUCCGCGUGAACACCGUGUUCCUCGGCGGGCUCACCCGCCUCACCAAGCGCUCCAAGUCUUUCGCGACCGUUCGGGCGGGCGGGGGGAAGCCCGAGGGCGGUCUCCUGUCCGCCGAAUAACACCUUGCUAAGGCCAGGAAGGACAAAGAAGAGAAGGAGGCAGCUGAGAAUGUAAAGGCGGACAACUCCAAGGCCCGUACAGAGGCAAGGACAGCGAGGGAGGCCAAUCAUGGGCAGGGCGGCGGACGGAGUGGCGGGCGGAGGCGGGCGGAGUGGCGGGCGGGGAGGCCGGAGGGGGUGGGCAAAACGGUGGGGGCCGGUGCUCGCGUGCAAGGAGGAGCGGAACGGCCGAGAGGGGCGGUGGUUCCCUUGGUUCAGCCGGCGGCGGCGGCGGCGGCCCCCUUUUCCUCUCGAGGACGGCAACGAACCCCGACACCAAUUGUUGAUGUGUCGACUAGAUAGUGUACGGUUAUUCGAGUGAAGGAUGACUUAUUCGAGUGAGACAUACAGAAAACGUCAGUUGAGUGUCGAGGUGCCGACACACGCAUUAUUCCAGGGUUGUGCUUCAACAUCUAUUGGGGGUGGUUUUCGAGCGUCCCACGGGGAGGAGGGGGGAUGGGGGGUGUAGAGGUGUUUCCCGGAACCCCGGGGACGUUGAAAUGCUGUCCCCGAGCCUGAAGGGCUAUUGGUGUUUUUGCUGCUUCGCGACUUGAGCUGAUUGUCUUGAAAGGACCUUUCGAUGGGGCGUUCGAGUGGUGGGAAACAGAUGCGAUUUUCUGCGACAAGUCUCACCGCAGUGCCAAGCUGCUCUUUGCCUGGCCCAGUUAACGUGCUUGAAUGUAUGUAGUCUAUGUAAAGAG